GCUCACGUCUUCGGGCCCACGGGUCACACAUCUCGGUACUCUUUCCAACCCCACAUCCUGCGUCUCCAGCUCCUACCUUUCCCCCCUUCUUAUGCACCUUAUUCACUGUGCUGCACCCCAGCUUGUAGUUUAGUACUGUAAUUCAUUUCCACAAACCUGUUAUUUGUACAUCCACACCCGACACCUCACAAGCCUGCAGCCCUUGUUCACGCCCCGGGCGUCCCUGCUCGAGCUAUCCGGUGAACAGAGCGAGGUUCACCCGUGGGCUCACUAGGUACUAGAACACCAGUCAACUAUUUUGGGGCUGUCAAGUGUAAAUAUUAUUUACACCAUCUACAGCCAAUUUAUUUACUUACAAUGGGAAUUAUUUUUAUUAUGUAAAGUCAUACAGAGAGCAUUACAAACUCUAUACCCAUUACCCCAAAUUGACUAUUGACAUCAUGAUCUAUUUGCUUCCUCAUUUUUAAAAAAAUAAAAUAAUACAGAUAAAAGUUGAACUUCCUAUCUUCUAUUCUCAGACUCAUUACUCUUUCAUCUUCCCCAGAAGCAACUAGUAUAAUUAGCUGUGUAUUCUCUCAGUCCAUUAAAAAAAAAAAAAGUGUAUUCACGGACUAUAAGUAUUGUAUUGUUUAAUUUUAGUUUUUUUUAAUGAAUAUAAGUGCUAUUUUCUGUGUAUCAUCUGUGAUUUAUUCUUUCACUCUAUUUUUUUGAGGUCUGUCCAUGUUUAUGUAUAUUUACAUCUAAGUAUUCCUUUUAACUGUAAAUAUUAUUCAGUUAUAUGAUACAUAACAUUUUAUUUAACCAUUCCUCAACUAAUGUAUGCUAGUUUAAACAUUGUAUGUGUCUUGUGCACAUAUGAGUCCCUUCUAGAGUUGCACCGUUCAAAUAAGUUAACUACUAGAAAUGUUGCUCGUCAGAAUUAAGAUGUACUGGAAGUGUUUAUGAGAGGCCCAUUUCCCCACAUUAUUAUCAAUCCUUUAUAUUGUAAACACUUAAAUUUUUUUCAAUCUUAUAGGACAAGGUUUGCAGUUUCCUUAUUACUAGGUAAGGCAAGGAUUUUUUUAAUAUGGGUUUUUGGUCAUUCAGAUUUCAUCUUAAGUGAAUUGUAUGUUUUUGUAUCUUCUCUCCAGUUUUCUGUUGAGCUGCUUUCCCCUUUCUUACUGAUUUGUAGUACUUAAAAAUAUAUAAUCUGAAUACUAUCAAAGUUUAUAUGUGUUGCAAGAAUCUUUUAGUCAGUCAUUUGCAUUUUAACCUUGUUUGUGUUACCUUAAAGUAUCUUGCAUGUUUCCAUCUUUGAUCCAUUUGAGUAUAAUUUUUAAAAUAUGUUAUGAGAUAGGGGUCUACUUUUAUUUUUCUUCGCAUUGUGAACCAGUACACCAUUUAUUACUUUAUCUUUUAUCUGACAGAACCAUUAUUCUGCUCUCUUACAAUCAAUUAAGCAGGUUGCAAAUUCCCAUCUAUGUGAGUCUGUUUCUGGCACCUAUAUGCUUGUUUCUAUAGACAGUACAUUUUAAUUACUGUGAUGUUGCAAUUCUUUUCAAAGGAGUUGAACCUCACUUCUUUAAUCUAUCUUUCUAGAAUCAUCUUAGCGACUUGUGGCCCUUUAUUGAUUAAUGAAUUUGUCAUGUUUGCCAGAAACGUCUGCUGAAAUUCUAAUUUGAAUUAUAUUGACUUAUUAAUUAUGCUUUUCAAUGGCUGUUUAUUUAUGCCUACUGUAUUUCAGGACCUCUCUUAGGUGUGAGAGAUUGAUGAACAUGCCAAAAAUCCAUAUCCUCAAAGAGUUCACUAAUUAGUGGAGAGACAAACAGGGUAAACAAGCCAUUGCCAAAAAACAUGAACAACAGUGUGUAUGUAUGCUGGAGCUAGGAGGUCAGAAAGUACUUAAUCCUUGGAUAACUACAGGCAAUUUGACACACGAUGAUCUUCAUGAAAAAGACUGUCUAUGUCUUAUUCACCACUUUGUAUUCAGCACCUAGUACAGAGCUUAGUACCUACCAGACAACCCCCAAAAUAUUAACUAAAUAAAAUAUCCAACAUUGACAGCUUCAGGGUCUCCAAGCCUAAAGUGUAUUUUGGGGGCUGGCUAGGUCAGACCUCAGUAUGUUGGUGAUGAGAGAUGAUGGAGUAUUCAUAAAUGUAUACUGGGAAUUUCUCCAAAACAGAAAUCAUAUCUUACUUAUUUUUAUAUUUCCAAUAUCUGGCAGAGAAUAGGAAGAUUUUUGAAUGUUCAGCAAGUUCCUAUUAUGAGAAUAAUCAGCUCUAAUUAAUAUGGAGGCCUAGAAAGGUAACUCAGGACUCAUGCAUUCUUCUCUUUUUGAAGCCUUGGUGCCAUAGUGAAUGUGAUCUGUGAGGAAUGCUUGACCUUUAGAUGCCUUUCACUAAGAGUUUCUUGCUAUCCCACUCUGAGCACUCCAUGACUGCUGGCCCUUUGGAGCUCAAUUUUUGUGGUCAUUCAUUCAUUCAUCAGAUAUUUGCUAAUCCAGAACUGUAAAUUUCUUCCUCUUACACUGAGGAUACAGAAAUGAAUCAGACAUGAAGCCUGUCCUCCAAGAGCUUACAAUUGGUCAAGGGACAUAAGAUAUAUACCCAGAUAAUUAUAAUACAGAAUUGAGAGGCUGGAACUGUCACCUUGAGCCAUUUGAACAGAGUGGAGGUGACAUUUGAGUGUCAAAGAUGUAUUCGAUUUGACAAGUGGGAAGGGGAAAGAGCAUUCCAAGCAGAGUCAAUGGCAUGAGCAAAAUCUUGGAGAUGAGAAAAAUAUUCGGGGGCGGGAAGGAGGCAGGAAGACCUUUAUGGCCCUGAAUAUAUCAGGGGUGGUGGACUUAUAUUCAGGAGCCAGGUGGAUAACAAACAUGAGUACAAAGGGCAGGGUAUAAAUAUUUGGAGAGAGAUCUGCCUAUAGACACUCGGACAACUUUAAAGCACCUCUGGCCAAGGAAUUGUUGAAGAUAGGUGAUGGAUGCAUGAGUAAUAUGAAGAUUCUUUCUCUUCUGGAAGCUGACGGGACCAAAAUGUAGACAGUGCCAAAGUGGUGACAGAAGAAAUCUCAGGAGAAAACAUUUUUGCCUUGUACUUGGGACAGCUGCUUGGGCCUACCAUGGCUCCUGUGAAGAUUAGCCACGUGGUUUCGUUUUCCUCUCAGGAUCCCAAGUAUCCUGUGGAGAACUUGCUGAACCCAGACAGACAGAGGGGACCUUGGCUCAGCUGCCCUCAGGACAAGAGUGGACAACUGAAAGUAGAACUACAGCUGGAGAGGGCAGUGCCCAUUGGCUACAUCGAUGUGGGUAACUGUGGCUGUGCUUUCCUGCAAAUUGAUGUGGGCCGUUCUUCCUGGUCCCUGGACAGACCUUUUGUCACCCUUCUCCCUGCAACCAUGCUAAUGUCCCUAGCUGAUUCAAAGCAGGGGAAAAACCGCUCUGGGGUCCGCAUGUUUAAAGAUGAUGAUUUCCUGGCUCCAGCCUCAGGUGAGUCAUGGGAUCGACUUCGUCUGACUUGCUCCCAACCCUUUACACGUCAUGAGUCCUUUGGCCUGGCCUUCCUGCGAGUGUGUUCCUCUCUGGACUCCUUAAAUGACCCCCUGGUGGGUCCCUCAGCCACUGUGAGCUCUGGGCUAAGCCAGGGCUCUUAUAAUGCUUCAGACUCUGGUCCCAGCCCCUGGAUGGCUAAUCCUUCCAUCCGGAGGACAUUCUUCCCAGAUCCCCAAACGAGCACCAAGGAAAUUUCAGAGCUUAAGAAUAUCCUAAAGCAGCUGCAGCCAGGGACUUUGGGGCGUUCAGCUCGCAUGGUGCUUUCAGCCGCCCGCAGGGCACCUUCAGCCAUUGUGGCAAGCCCAAAAAACAACCCUGAAGAACCAGGUCCCAGUCAUCCAGAUAGUGCAGAGCCCAGACCAGAGGAGCAAAACUCAGAGAAUGAUGUGGACAAGCCAAAGAGACAGAAAAUGCGACCUCGCAGGCCUUUAUCCAAGUUGAACUCUCAACCAAACAGGAGAGGGAGAGCAAAGGCAGGGCGGAGAGACCACCACCAACCCCCAGCCCAAACUAGCAGAGUCCAGGAUAGUGGAGAGUGCCCCAUUUGUACAGCCUCCUUCAGCAUUGAGAUUCUUCCCCAGCAUGCUGCCACUUGUGGAGAGACCUCCCCACCUCACCUAGCCUCUCCCUCCUCAUCACCUCCUUCAUCGCCAUCUGUGCUAAGAUUUCAUUGUGUGGCACUAACAUCAGUUCCCCUGGUCUCCAGGCCACAACCUAACUGGACCGAGAUCAUGAACAAAAAGCUGAAGUUCCCACCUCCACUCCUGGGUGCCAUCCAGGAGGGGCAGCUGGGCCUCGUGCAGCAGCUACUGGAAUCAGGAGUUGAGGCCACAGGCAGUGGGCCAGGCGGUCCCCUACGGAACGUGGAGGAGGCCGAGGACCGCUCCUGGAGGGAAGCUCUCAACCUGGCCAUCCGCCUUGGCCAUGAGGCCAUCACUGAUGUGCUGUUGGCCAAUGUCAAGUUUGACUUCCGGCAGAUCCACGAGGCACUGCUAGUGGCCGUGGACACAAACCAGCCAGCAGUGGUGCGUCACCUGUUGGCCCGGCUGGGACGGGAGAAGGGCCGCAAAGUGGACACCAGGUCUUUCUCUCUGGCUUUCUUUGACUCAUCAAUCGAUGGCUCCCGCUUUGCGCCUGGUGUCACUCCACUCACCCUGGCCUGUCAGAAGGACCUGUACGAGGUAGCCCAGCUGCUCAUGGACCAGGGCCACACCAUUGCCCGGCCCCACCCCAUCUCCUGUGCCUGCCUCGAGUGCAGCAAUGCCCGCCGCUAUGACCUGCUGAAGUUCUCCCUGUCCCGCAUCAACACCUACCGUGGCAUUGCCAGCAGGGCCCACCUCUCGCUGGCCAGCGAGGACGCCAUGCUGGCUGCCUUCCAGCUCAGUCGCGAGCUCAGGCGCCUUGCACGCAAGGAGCCCGAGUUUAAGCCCGAGUAUAUUGCCCUGGAGUCACUGAGCCAGGACUACGGCUUUGAGCUGCUGGGCAUGUGCCGGAACCAGAGCGAGGUCACUGCAGUGCUCAAUGACCUGGGUGAGGACAGCGAGACUGAGCCUGAGGCCGAGGGCCUGGCCCAGGCCUUUGAGGAAGGCAUCCCCAACCUGGCAAGGCUGCGACUGGCCGUCAACUACAACCAGAAGCGGUUUGUAGCACACCCCAUCUGCCAGCAAGUCCUGUCCUCCAUCUGGUGUGGGAACCUGGCCGGCUGGCGUGGAAGCACCACCAUCUGGAAGCUCUUUGUCGCCUUCCUCAUCUUCCUCACCAUGCCCUUCCUCUGCCUCGGCUACUGGCUGGCGCCCAAGUCCCGGCUGGGCCGCCUGCUGAAGAUCCCAGUGCUGAAGUUCCUGCUGCACUCCGCCUCCUACCUUUGGUUCCUCAUCUUCCUGCUGGGAGAGUCCUUGGUCAUGGAGACACAGCUGAGCACCUUCCACGGCCGCAGCCAGAGCAUCUGGGAGACUUCACUGCACAUGGUUUGGGUCACAGGCUUCCUAUGGUUUGAGUGUAAGGAAGUGUGGAUAGAGGGCCUGCGCAGUUACUUCCUGGACUGGUGGAACUUCCUGGACGUCGUCAUCCUGUCCCUGUACCUGGCGGCCUUUGCACUACGUCUCCUCGUGGCUGGGCUUGCCCACAUGAACUGCCGGGAUGCCCCCAAUGGGGCUGCCUGCCACUAUUUCACCUCAGCUGAGAGAAGUGAGUGGCGCACCGAGGACCCCCAGUUCUUGGCUGAGGUGCUCUUUGCUGUCACCAGCAUGCUCAGCUUCACCCGUCUGGCCUACAUCUUGCCGGCCCAUGAGUCGCUGGGCACUCUGCAGAUUUCCAUUGGCAAGAUGAUUGACGACAUGAUCCGGUUCAUGUUCAUCCUCAUGAUCAUCCUGACUGCCUUCCUCUGUGGCCUCAACAACAUCUAUGUGCCCUACCAGGAGACAGAGCGGCUGGGCAAUUUCAAUGAGACAUUCCAGUUUCUGUUCUGGACCAUGUUUGGCAUGGAGGAGCACAGCGUGGUAGACAUGCCUCAGUUUCUGGUGCCUGAAUUUGUGGGCCGGGCCCUCUAUGGCAUCUUUACCAUCGUCAUGGUCAUUGUGCUGCUCAACAUGCUCAUUGCCAUGAUCACCAACUCCUUCCAGAAGAUUGAGGACGAUGCCGAUGUAGAAUGGAAGUUUGCUCGCUCCAAGCUCUACCUGUCCUACUUCCGAGAGGGCCUGACCCUGCCUGUGCCCUUCAACAUCCUGCCCUCCCCCAAGGCCAUCUUCUACCUUCUCAGGAGAAUUUUCCGGUUUAUUUGCUGUUGCUGCUCCUGCUGCAAAACCAAGAAGCCAGACUAUCCCCCGAUCCCCACCUUUGCCAAUCCUGGGGCAGGAGCGGGGCCUGGGGAGGGUGAGCAUGGAUCCUACCGCCUUCGAGUCAUCAAGGCCCUGGUGCAACGCUACAUAGAGACUGCCCAGCGGGAGUUCGAGGAGACCCGUCGGAAAGACCUGGGCAACAGACUGACAGAGCUGACCAAGACUGUCUCUCGACUGCAAAGUGAGGUAGCUGGUGUGCGGCAGACUCUGGCGGAGGGAGGGAUGCCCCAGCACCCUGAGGGUGCCAGCAUCCCCAGCCGCUAUAUCACCCGAGUGCACAACAGCGUCCAAAUCCUGGGCCCCCUCAUCCCUGAGACCCCAGAGCUGACAGGGCCCGGGAUUAUGGGGACCCAGGUAUCUUCAGAAACUGGCCUUCAGGACGCUGGAGGAGUUGGGACUCCAGCUCCUGGAGAGCCUGUUCCCUCCUCCCUGGCUCAUGUGCUGGUGCAUAGGCAGCAGGAGCCAGAGGCGGCUGGGGACCUGCCCCAGGAGGAAGAUCUGGGAACCAAGGAGGGCUCCUGCUGCAGUGGGAGGGCUCCUUCUGCUGCUGACUAGGGCAGCCUACGCGGUGCGGGGGGGGGCAUUUAGUAGAAGGCUAUCCCGCUGUCUUUACCUCUAAAUAAAGUUUCUGUUCAGGACGUCAGAUGCCUCCAGAGCGUGUGAGAAUCUCUGUCUCUUCGUGUUUUGAGAUCCUCUCCCUCCCUCCCCCAAAAUGGACCCUUGUGGGAGCAGGGCAGAGAGAAACAGCUUGCUCUGAGGUCCCAAGUAUCUUGGGCUUAGGAUCCUACCUUGGAUUCCUUCAGCUCUUUAGUGCAAAGAGUUCUGGACUGCAAGGCAGGGGGUCUGGUUUCAGUACUAACUCUGUCUUUGAGCAAGUUGCUUUCUUCCUUGGCUUUGCAUUCCUCUGACGAAUGAGCCGGGGAACCCAUCUGUCCCCUUCCUGCCUUCAGGAUGUUGUGAGGAACCUCAGGCUGAUGAAACUUCUGGGUUUGCAAGUUAUAGUGUGUGACAGGGGUCUGCACAGGGGACCACGU